GUGACCAAAAAUCAACAGGAAGUGAUGAAAAAUGCCCUAAAAUCAACAGGAAAUGACAUGAAAAUGCCCCAAACUUAACAGGAAGUGACCCACGAAUGGCCCAAAACAAGAAGGAAGUGACCAAAAAUCAACAGGAAAUGAAGCGAAAAUACCCCAAAAUCAACGGGAAGUGCCCCAAAAUCAACAAGAAGUGACCCAUAAAUUGCCCAAAAUAAAAGUGACCAAAAAUCAACAGGAAAUCACAUAAAAAUGCCCCAAAAUCAACAGGAACUAACAUGAAAUGCCCCAGUAAACCAAAAUGAACAGGAAGUAACCCAUAAAUGACCCAAAACAAAAAGGAAGUGACCAAAAAUCAACAAGAAGUGACGUAAAAAUGCCCUAAAAUAAAUAGGAAUUGACUGAAAAUCAACAGGAAAUGACAUGAAAAUGUCCCAAAUACAACAGGAAGUUAUAUGAAAUGCCCCAGUAAACCAAAACGAACAGGAAGUCACCCAUAAAUGACCCCAAAAAAAAGGGAGUGACCAAAAAUCAACAGGAAAUGAUGUGAAAAUGUCCCAAAAUCAACAAGAAGUGACCCAUAAAUGACCCAAAAUAAAAAGGAAAUGACCAAAAAUCAACAGGAAAUGACGGGAAAAUGCCCCAAAAUCAACAGGAAGUGACCGGAAAUCAACAGGAAAUGACGUGAAAUGACCCAUUAAACCAAAAUUAACAGGAAGCGACCUGUAAAUGCCCCAAAAUUAACAGGAAGUGACUGAAAAUGAACAGGAAAUGACGUGAAAUGCCCCGUUAACCCAAAAUCAUCAGGACUUGACCCGUAAAUUCCCCAAAAUCAACAGGAAAUGACGUGAAAUCUCUCCCAAUAUGCACUCGUUCGCUGCCACCCUCCCACUUCAAACUGAUUGGACGUCUACUCGUCUUCAACUCAUUCCAAUUCACAGCAUCUAUCGUGAGUUCAUCGCAAAUCGAGCUACCCAGGGGUUCCCACCCCUAUUGCACAAUCGUUGAGCAGAAAUCCAAUUUUGAAAAGCCCUCCGGAAGUGACACACGCAUAAGCGCACUUUCGUUUGUUUGCGUGAAAUUCCUUAAGAUAGAAGUAGUACGUCUUUUGUUUGACGGGAGAAAAACCACCAAAAAAUCGUCGGGAGGCAACCAAAAGAAAUCAAAAAGCAAGCGUUUGGACUUUUGCGAGUUUUGUCACGCGUCGGUGAUGUCAAAUAUGUGGCAAGCAAAAAGUGAAAAGAUGCGACGGCGCUGGUGAAAUGGAGGCCGGCGACAAGGAACGGAGGCGGCGGCGGGGAGAGGACGACGACAAGGACAGCGACCACUCCCGGGAGGAUCCGGCGCCGCUCUGGCAGGACGAACUGGGCCUUCCCAUCAUGCACUGGGAGGCGCUGAGCCUUCGCAUCGCCGAGCUGGAGAAACAAGAGGAGGAGAAGAAGGACAAACUGGCAAAGAACGCGGCGUCUCUGGAGCGCGGACGAGCGCCCGUCAGCUGCGCCGACGCGGAGAGCUGGGACGACGGACGCCGACGACACCGGCACCAUCUGGAGCGCCCGGAUGACGACCUCCACGUGUCGGCCCUCGGCUCGCGGCUGCAGACGCAGAUGAACCUUCAACUCUGCUUCAUCAACAACAGCGAGAGCGAGGACGAAGACGGGGACCGGGAAGAGCGAGACGCCGCCGCCGCUGCCGUGACGGAAAGCGUCGUCACGUGUCGCAAGACGUCCACGCCGGCUCCCAAGUCGGAAAAAAGCAAGUCGAGAGGAUUCCGGAACACUUGGAGGAAACUGCGAGAGCGACUGCGAGCGGACCACAAACCUGCGAAUCCGUCCCCUGCCGACCCGCCGGUCCACGGACUCUUGGACCGUGGCGACGUUCACAAGCUGAGCCUCGGGGAGCUCCGCGCUCAACGUUCUUUCCUCGCUCAAAGCGUACAAGAGCUUAGCUCGGAUCUGGUGGCUCGACUGCAACUGCGCGACCAGCUGAGGACGGAGCAGGACGCCAUGUUGCUGGAGCUGCAGGACCUCACCUCCUUGGGAAGCCCACCGGGCGCUCACGGCUGAGGACGGAAGCAGUAAGAACAUCCGGAAACGGACCGAGCCGAGAAGAACGGGACUGAUGUCGUGGUGCCAAAUGUGACUUUCUAACACUAAAAAAAGGGAAUUUUCUACAUCAUUGAUUCAUCUCUUUUACUGCCCUAAUAGACAUUCAAUCCAUUUGGCAGCAGGGCCGAGAAUGAAAAGUGGUAUUUGACAUGUGGCAAAAUAGAUUUUGCUAUGUGGCAUUUUUUUGCCAUGUGGCAAAAUGGAUUUUGCCAUGUGGCAUUAUUUAUUUUUUUGCCACGUGGCUUUUUUUUUUUGCUAUGUGGCAAAAUUGAUUUUGGCAUGCGGCAAUUUCUUUUGCCAUGUGGCAAAAUUGAUGCCAUGUGGUAAAAUUGAAUUUGCCAUGUGGUAAAAUUGAUUUUGCCAUGUGGCUUUUUUUGCCAUGUGGCAAAAUUGACUUUGACAUGUGGCAUUUUUUUGCCAUGUGGCUUUUUUUUUUUUUGCCAUGUGGCAAAACUGAUUUUGCCAUGUGGUAAAAUUGAUUUUGGCAUGCGGCAAUUUUUUUGCCAUGUGCCAAAAUUGAUGCCAUGUGGCAUUUUUUUGCCAUGUGGCAUUUUUUUUUCCAUGUGGCAAAAUGGAUUUUGCCAUGUGCCAAAAUUGAUUUUGCCUUGUGGCAAAAUUGAUGCCAUGUGGCAUUUUUUUAUGCCAUUUGGCAAAAUUGAUUUUGCCAUGUGGGAUUUUUUUUAGCCAGGUGGCAUUUUUUUGCCAUG